CAAUUUCGACGUAAACUUCAGCAGACAUGAUAAUUUCUUCGCCUGUUUCUUUUUUAUACCUUCCUUUUAAUCUUUAUCAUUUUUUAAAUUUUUAUGAUUGAAUUACGAUUGUCUGGGCCAUGUAGCUACAGUGAUUUUAACCAGCUUCAUGGACAAGGAACUGUUUUCGGCCAUCGCAUCAGAAAAUUAUAGGUACGUAUGCAUCUAUUUCUCGUUUGCUCAUGAAGUGAAGUUGGUUUGCAUGACUGUUUUGAUCGCUUCGAUAGCUGACUUAUUUGCAAUAAAUAUCAGCGAUCGGAGCAGAAGACUGCAGUAACUUAUCAACUCAUCGACAUAAACGAUCUAAUGGAAAUGCAGCUCCUAUAUGUAGUCUUGUACUGAGUUAACUUUGCAAUGUUCUGCCAAGCGACAAUCAUGUGAUGUGACAAUCAUGUGUUCCUGUGAUUUGUUGCCGUUUUUUUGUCUCAUGAGCAAUUUCUUUUUCACCCGUUAUGUGUAAAUGCGAUCACAGAGAAUUUUAAGAUCGAAAAGUAUAAGUUCUUUCUCCUUACCUGUACUCUUUGUUCGGUUUUUCCUUACCUGUACUCUUUGAUCGGUUUGAACAUUUUAAAGCUUCUCUCUCAUCCGAUCAGAUGAACGAUUGAAACAAAUUACACGGGAAAAGUAAACUUGGCAACCUCUUGUGUUUCAAGCAAUACACAUGUUUUAACUUUGAAUUUUCAUCGGUAUUUUUCUUGUUCUGAUUGUUUUUGGUCAAUCGAAAUGCGCGGUUUGUUAAAAAGAUAUCAUUGACAUGUACCAAACAAGUCGUAAGGUCCUUUUUCAUCCAUUUGUCGUUUGCAGUCUUGCUAAGGAGCUCGGUUUGAAUGGAGCGAGAGCUGAUCAAUUAGAGGAUGGUAUUACUGCUCUCCAUCUGCUGGCUGGGCACGAGGAUCAGGAAGCUUCAGAGGUUUUGGAGGUUUGUUUGAGGACUGCAGAUCCUAACGUCAGAUCUAGUGAGGGAAUGUCACCUGUUCAUGUUGCUGCUCUCUGGGGAAGGCUGGAUAAUUUAAAGUUAUUGAUAAACCAUGGAGGUGAUCUCAAUCAAACAGAUGACGAAGGACAAAAUGUUCUGGAUUUUGCCUCCUUGUCCGAAGGGACCAGUGCAAAACAGUGUAUCAAAUUUAUAUUAGAAGUAGAGUCAAACAUAAGCUUGGACGAAUCUAAAACCUGUAUUCCUGAAGAAAAAUGGGAUGGAAUGAAACAUGAACAGCCAGUUGGUGAAGUCAGUUGUGGAUUCAGUGAGUCGUUUUACACAGCAAUUGCAGAAGACAGUUUGCUCGAUCAGACAGUGGUUACAUUUCCAAACUUGCAUCCUUGGUUUAGUGCCGAUGUUUCUUCAGGUGACUUGGAUGAAACAGUGGUCGAUAAGAUUACUGAACUAAGUAUCUCCAGUAACAGGUAUAAAUUGUAUAAUAUAUGUUAUAUUCACUUUUGGUGUUUAUAUGCACAUGUACCUUCAGCCAUUUUUCACUUUUUAACCUUUUACACCCUAAUAUCAGUAUGCAUAUUCUCCAUACUGUCCUCUACACAUUUCCUGAAAGGCUUACAAGGAGAAUUUGGGUAAAAAUCAAGAGCUUCAUGAGGUGGUGAUCAUUUCCUUGAUUUUCACAACCUUAAUGUUUGAUUCAUGGGUGAUAUUGUGAGGAGAAAUUGGAAGCUGGUCAUUCUCAGGGGUUAAAGGGUUUAAGGCUAUUAUGACCCUAACCUAAAAUGAUCAUAGCUUUACACAGAGCAUACUAUUUUUUUUUAAUUAUUUCUCUGACAUGUACAUAGAACUCUCUCUUGAGUCAAGCCUAUAACUGAUAGUAGCAGCCAGAAAGAGUGAUGCCCUGGUUUCUAACUACAAUCAUGAGCUCCUUCCCACAUUACCAGGAUGGUAUGUGUUCUGUCCAGGGUUUUUGAAAAUUAUUUUUCAACAUUUAAUGGGGCUGUAAGUAGUCUAACUUGCAACAAUAUUUUGAGAGAGUACCCUUAAUAGACAUCACUUGAUUUUAUUUCCCCAUUAACAAUGUACAUGAAAAAUUACACACUUCUGAUAGGCUGAAAAUGAGUGCAUUCUCAUGUAACGCAAGUGUAAAGUUGUAAAACAAUGUAAAUUACAAAUGGUGCACACUCGCUUUCAAAAUUUCAUCUCUCUUGACUUUCUGUGAUGUUUUUUCAUGUACAUUAUUGACAAGUAAGAACAUGAUUUCUCUUGCGAUUUGGUGUAAUACCGUAAGCACUUAAUGUAAACUUUUGAAGGACUUUAUAUGGCACUAGCCCUACAGGCUCUUCUAAUUUUGUUGUCUUUGAAAAAUUUAGUUAUGCUUACUACUGACACCUAAUUACACUCGAAAUCAUGUUAUUACCUAUACUAAUUCCUUUGAACAUGGUCUUUUAAGUCUUGUAGAUGGUGAUGAAACCGUAGAAGAAGGUGCAAAGCAGUGGCUGGAACAUACAAGUUAUGAAGAGCAUGGUUGGUACAUAUUAUAAGUUAAGAAUUGAUUGUGUUUUGUUUGGAUAUCAAAAGAUUGCAGUUCUUUUUUCCCAUAUUUCAAUUUAUGGUACAAGUUAAAAGACAUCAAAUGAAAAAAAAUCUGCAUGAACAAUGAGGCCAUCUUAGUUAACUUCUUCUAGCUUUUGCAAAAGACUAUGACAAUGUCCACUACCCUCUCCUCUCUGACCAUAACUCAAUCUAGUUCACAAUAAUUUUCUGAAAAGCAUCAAAGGUCACAUUUGUUUUGAACCCAAAUCUCCUGGGAGGGUUUGAAGAGGUAAUUAUUCCAUAACAUGGCAAAUAAAAAAAGGAUAUUUGAUGCAUUCUUUUCAAAGUGCUGGUAUACACCUGCUGAUAUUUCCCUGCAUGGUGAAAGAUUUGUUUCAAUUAUGGUGCCCUCACCCUUUCACUCUCAAGAUCUCAUUAAUAAUACUCUCUACUGUCUGCUAUACAGUUCUUAUGAUAUUAGUCUGGACAGAGAAUUUGGUGAUGGAUCAGUUAAUAAUCUCCUAAUUGAUAUUUUUCUUUAUUCUCAUCACUUGUCUACUCGAUAUUGUAUCGAUAUUGUAUGGAGAAAUUCUGUCUUGGUCACUUGUGGGAGUUAAAGGGUUACUUCUCAGACAUAUUUUCUAUUCCCCUUUUUCACUUACUAACCUCUUGUCUCUUAUAUUCAGAUAAUGAAGACCCUGCAGAGUUUUAUUUUGGCAAUAGCACCAUAUUCUAUGACUGGAAGGAGUGCAGCACAAUAUUGGACCAGUCUAUCAUCAAUGAAUCCAUAACUGUGCCAGAGAAUCUUUUCAAACUUUCCAAUAAUGAUCUCAGGAUGGAACUACAAAAGUAUGGAGAAAUACCUGGUCCAAUCAUGACAAGCACUAGAAAUGUGUAUAUAAAACGGUUAGCUCAGCUACAGAGUGGCUCAAUGGAUUCAAAGGUAAAAACUAACACAGCAAAGUAACAGGGAAUAUUAACUUGGAACUGCCAGGGUGUGGGUACACAUAUCAAGUAUUGGUGUUGAAGUUAAGUCACAAUGGCUUAUCAUGAGAGCCAUCAACAAUAAAACUGAGUUGAAAGUAACUGUCUUGUGUUAAGAUCUCUCCCUUCCCAUGCACAAAAUUUCUUUUUGUGCUCUGAACUAAGGAGUUUGCAGUUUCUGUUUUUCAUUUAGUUCAAUACAAAUGGUUGCUACUGCACUUCUGCAAAAUUUAGAAAAAUGUGACCACUUCUGUUGUUUUACUGGUAAGUUCAAUUUGAUUGUGACAGGUAAAUUUUUAUACAGACCAAUUGCAAUAAAGUUCAGGAAAUGCAACCAAACCUGAAAACCACAAACUGUUUAUAUAUAGCACUUUAGUUAAGUUUUUUACUCUUUGUUUGCGUAUUAUUUGAAACACAAAAACAUUCUGCAAAUAUAAUUUGUUGUUUGUUGUGUUCUUAAUCUCAAAGGAAAUGAUGAGCAAAGUCAUUUAGGUUUGGAAAGCCUAAAAAAAUUCUAACAAACAAAUCUGGUGGGUUUGCCAACCACUGAGAAUUCUCAAUUGAGAGUUUAAAUUAGUUCAGGUUUACAUUGGCUUAAGUUUAUUCACUCUGUGAUUGCCAAGAACAUUCAUGCUCCCUUCUCAACCAUUCACUAAUUAACUAAAAUUUAUGGUGACUUGGCCACCAAAGUUGUCCUGUGCCUCAAGUAGUUGGCUAGUUUUUUCCUCGAGUUCUAUCAUCAGCCUGUGGUGAUAUUCUCCCAAGUUAUGAUUGGCCUUUCAGAUUCUAUUAAUUUUACAUCAUUUGAUGGAAAAUGGUUCAAAGUGCUAGAUCACCUAGCUUAUGAGUGAACCUACCUUCCUGUGAUCCCCCUUCUCCCCCCUUGCCCCACUCUCUCUGGUUCUAGGGUAGUAAGAAGAAGAGAGACACUGGGAACUAGGUUUUCCCAUAGUAUGUAUUAAUUUGUUAACUGUAUCCUAAAUACAAUUAUUUUUUACUUAGGAAUCACUCUAUAGUGAGUAUCUACCAGAGCUAAGGAGACAUUUGGAGGGGAAAGCAGAAACGCCAGAUUUGUUUGAGGAGGAGGAGUCUAUGUGCAUAGAAUUCACCUGUAAAAAGAAUUGGAGGGAGGGGUGAGUCGUUCGUGUAAUCAAUAAUUUCAAGUGAUGUAAUCGGGAACACUAUGUAACUUUCUUGUAUGGACUAAGUGCAAUUUUUUUACAAAUAAAUUCUGUUUUGUUUAGUGUCUGUUUUUUUUUCUUUUUUUCUUUUUCAUAUAAGAUUACAGAUGAUGUAAAAAUGUGGUCCGAACUUAUUUACAGUAAAUAUGAACGUCGUUGAUAUUGUUGUUUAUUUUAUUCCAAGCAUAUUUUAUAUACCAUCAUAAUCUUUUAUCGAAAAGACGUUCAGCAGUAUGAAACUGAAUUGUUUUAUGCAUGACGAAACAAAAAAAAUAGCUAAUGAAUUGGAUGAGGUCAUGUACAGGUAUGUCCUCUGAUAGAUCAGUUAGCAAAUUUCUUUAAAGUAUCACAUAGCUUACAUUUACUUUCUAUAGGACUGAAAAAUCUUCAUUUAAUUAUCUUCUUAUUGAUCCGCGUGUCACUCAAAAUCUACCAACGAGAUCCAAAAGUAUGAGCCCUGAGGAUGUCUUCCGAGUCUUUAUCUUGGCGAUAUUCUACGUGGGAAAAGGAAAGCGAUCAAGACCCUACGCACAUCUUAAUGAAGCCAUGAACUCUGCAAAGGUACAUAGAGAUGCCAUGCGUAUUGCAAUAUUAGAUAUAAAGCUUUUAAUUAAUGAUAACAUCUUUGUUUUGAGUAACAGAACCAGCGAUGCAGUUACAAAUAAAUCAAAAGAAGAAUCGUUUUCCUUAAUACAAAUUGUAAAAAACUUCACCUCUUCUCGAACAUUGUAUCGGCAAUUUUUAGCCGUAAGUUACUGGCACCUUCGCAGGAGUUCUCUGGGAUUUGCAGCGCUAUUGAACAAUGGUUUGAAGUGCUAUUGAACCCGCGAAGAGCAACAGCCAAUCACAUCCAAGGUAAUUAUCUUAUGGAUCCAGCGAGAACUCAAACCCGACACACUUUGCUGGGCUUCAAGGACAGAAAACGCUAGUAGUCAACUCAUUGCAACUCUUUGGUUAAGAGGGUAGCGCGAGUUUUCUAAACCAAUUAACGUGUAGCAAAAUCAAUGCAAUCCCAGACUGUUUUGUAAACUCUAGUGAAAUUACUCUAUGUCAUUUCUGCCUUAACAGGAAAAUCCCAAAAUUCAACAAAUCCGUGAUAUUUGGGCAGCUGGGCUUGGUGUUGUGUCGCUCCAUAUCUUUCAGAGUGUCAUUCCGGUGGAGGCAUACACGAGGGAAGCGUGCAUGAUAGAUGCACUAGGUAAUUAAUAUGUUCUCAGUGUUUGAUAGUCACUUGUAUGACAGUAGUUUUUAUUAACAGUUGAAAUAAUUAUUGUGUUGAACGCGCUGUGUGACAAGAUCACACAAAGGCCACGAGGGAGACUAAACUUGUUUCAGGCGGAAUUAAUUCCACUGAGUAGCAGGGUGAAGAUCUUGAAACCAAUAUGACAAGCCACUGCUCCAAAUGAAAGAUUCGAACACUCUGUUAAAGCAACUGACAGCUGAGAAAAAGGCGUUCAAAGGUUGAAAACGUCACUUGUCUUUUGAACACAUCCAAAUUACAUAACCCAGUAUCGGUUAAAAUGGUCAAUUAAUCCUAAUCGAAUUUUGAAAUAAUCCCCGUAAAUACUUAUCAUUUCGUUGUAUUUUCAACCAUGGUUAAAUCGAUUGCCAAAUGUUAUCCUGGACUACUAAGACUGCUCCAGCCAUUUUGGAUUUGAGUCGAUGACCAAAAACAAUACACCCUUAGUAUCUUAAUGUCCUUUCAUCCCCAAUUUUUUUCCGAUGCAUAAAAAAGGAACACACAAUCCCCGGUGAGACUCGUACUCAAGCUUUUCAAUUUAUGUUUCUUUUGUUUUUAUUGUUGUUGUUUAUUUCAGGCCUUCCACGACUAACAAACAAGAAAAGAGGUGAUUAUUACGGAAGGGCAGCAUCUUGGCCUCAAAAGAAAAAGAGAGAAAUGGGGGUUUUUCUUCUUCAGAGGGCUCUUAAAAUAUUACUCAGUGAAGGAGAGAGACAACUGCGCCCUGAAGAUCUCAAAGUAAAGCAUAACUCUUAG